AUGGCUACAGAGGAGGAAGAUUUACCACCGACGACAGGUACCAACCUCCUCGAUCCUCUUCCCACGUCUAUCCCUCUCACACCUUCCGAACUCUUAGCACUACCUUCUAGCGAAUUAACUCCAACAAUUAUCGAGAGUACAUUCAAGCCUUUAUCAGACCAUGAGGCUCUCACUCUCUCUUCUCAGCUGAUUUCUUCAGGUAAAAAUGAUGAUAGCUCGCUGUUACGGUUUAUCGUCCAGCUAGGACAGGAAAGGGGUUCAUCGGAAUAUACCAGACUGCAGCACGAGUUGGGUGAAGAUUUAGUGGAUGAAGAUAACAUACGCACGAUCUUAGAGCAAGAAAACGGCAGAAGGGAGAUCGUCGAAGGAUGGACGAAUCUGGAAGAGAUCAACAGAAGGUUAGAUACGUGGGAUAUCAUCGCUCCUAAGCCUCAGAUACAGGAGAAACAAGACCAGAAGGUAGAAAAUGAUAACGAUGAAAAAGAUGAGAUGGAAUUAGACGACCCGUGGGGUGAGACGGAGGAAAAGGAAGUUAUACCGCCUCAGACACCUUCAGCGUUGUUGGAUGAUCCAUGGGAGAUGGAACACACAUCCAAUACCUCAGAAAUUCCUAAAACGUCAAAAUUGAUAGUUGUCGAAUCGUUCAAUCCACAUGAACCUACACUUGUUCCCAUAUCCAUAACUCUCCCUUCAUUCUUGACUCAACCGAUACCACUAUCAGCGCUAGAACUUGCCUCUACAGCUGCCCUGUCUGCACUCAAGACGGUCUGUCAAAGACACUACGACCAAGUGUAUCCUUUUAGAUUCGCAAUUAUAGAAGCUAUUCCAGGAUGGGUCAGUCCAACAGAACUGGAAGCCCAAGGGUUCCUACCAUCCUUAGGUGAAGAUGAACAGGAGAAGUGGUUAUCGUCAUCAUCUACCACUACCCCGACAUUAUUUUCGACAUUAUCAAAAUUAUACCUCCCUCUAUCUCUUACCCUAGUCUCACCAAGUAUACCAUCACGUCUCAAACCCUUAUCGAGCUCAGAAUUAACUCAAUGGUACAUCAACCAUAUCAUCUCUCUUGAUUCUCUAGGUAUCUUAGACAAUCAACUAGCCUAUGUCCAACACGGUGCAUCAUUAGGUGUAAACGGUUUAGACGAAAUAGGCGAAGAUCUUUCUCUACUUUCUAGAUUAGUAUACGAUUCCAACCUUUCCGCUUCUCAACACUCUCAAUGGACUUUAGCCAAUUGGAGGAAAUCAAGCCCAAAUCAAAUCCUUCAAGGAUACUUAUCGAAUUCUAGUCCAGAAUCAAUCGUAGGGGAUAUACGUAAACUCAUCUUACCUUAUUUGUACGUAUUGGAAUCGAGAUUAGAAAGAACUGGUAAACCCGAUUCGGGUCUGGUGGAGAGAUUGCUAUAUGAUUGUAUAUUGGAUUUACCAAAUUUGGAAUUGGCUUUACCCAUAUUCGAAUAUUCAAAAGCUACUUUACCCUCUCCUGAAAGGAUAAUCAAAAAUGAUUUAGAUACUGCUCGAAUUGCGCUUUCGCUAUUAUAUUCGACUGAAGAGAAAAGUAGAGGUGUAUGGGAAGUGAUGUCUGGGAUAUUUGAAUGUUUACCCGUAUGGGAAUUAGAGGGUACGGAUCCGUUAGAAGAUCAAGAAUUAACGAUAACGACACUAGAAUCAAUUGCAAUGUUCCUUACACCCACUACUGUCACGCAGUCUUCCGGUGAAUUACCGAGUUCGAAAGAUUUAUAUCUGUUUUUCCACCCUUUGCCUUUCUCGAGUCUGAGUAGGACUUUGGAUAUACUGGAUGUGCAUUUAGAAAGUGGUGAGAUACUGUCGAAAUGGGGUGUUUAUACUGGAUUGAAAUUCCUGUUACAAUCUAGUAAAAAUCAUAAAGAUCAGUUGGAGUUAGCUGAGAAACUGGUGAGGAAACAGCAGUAUGGGAAUUUGAACGAGGAUAGUUGGAGGAAAUUAUGGGACGAUAUGACUAGACUUGCUGGUGGAGAUGACGACGAAAGUAGUCCUGGGGGGUCUUUGAAAGGAGCUUUGGGAAUGUUGAGUAGAAGAGAGAGGGCGAGGGUAUAUAUGGGUGGAGUACUGAGCUCAGGAAAUUUCGAUGUAGCUCGUAAAGUCAUCAAACGACUUCAACAGUCUCACUCGAUCGAUGAUCAGAUGAUCGAAACAGUCGUAUUGGAAACUUCCAAAGAGUUUUACCUAAAAGCUGAGAAUGGGAAUUUACAUACUGGAGAAAUGAAAUUAGCUUAUGAUUGCUUGUCUGAAUCUCCACAAACGUCCAAAAUCCUCUCUGAAAAAUCUUUCAUCGAGGCUACUUCUCGAUUAUCAACUUUCCCGUCUUUGACACUCACUCCACUUGAAAUUAGACAUACUACCGAUCCCCUAACUCUCAUACAACAAGUAUUGGAGAGUUCGAAAGAUUCGUACAAGUAUCCUGAAUUGAUACUAGACCUAUCAAAUAAACUUGGAUCAACGGAUGAAGUGGAUCAGGGGUUGAUCAAAGUGAUGAUUGGUAAAGCAGCUUAUGGGAAUGAUGAUUAUUCGAAAACCAAGGAAUGUAUAGAAGAUGUUAUAGUGGCUGUUAGAAGAAUGAACAAGAAUAAAAGAGGACAUGAAAGAAAUAAAAGCUCGAUAUCAAGUUCAAGUCCAACGAGCCGACUUGCACCUCGAUCUGGUGAGGCUAUCGAGACAUCCAGAGACAAUCAAUUGAAAUUGAAAGAUGAUUUAUGGAAAUUAUCAUAUCUCUUAUCAACCACCACGGAUUAUUCUGAUAUACCUUCCAAAAUUCAGUUAAUAUCAUACGCUUUGGAAUUAUGUCCUCCAUUGAGUAUUCCGGAGAUAUUAGGAAGUUAUAGGGUAUUGGAAGAUGGUAGGAUAAAAUUGGAUAAAGCUAUGAAAAGAAGACGACAAACGGGUAUAUCCACCGAAUCUACUCAUCAUCGAGAUGCUAAAGAUCAUGAUGAUGCUGGUAUAGAUGCACGAGGUGAAGGAGUCGAAGAGAGAGUCUUGGGAUCUCGUACAGCUGCUAAAGCAGCUAAACUUGCAUUAGAUAUAGGAGGUAAAUUUAGGAGUUAUUCACCUAAUUUAGGUAAUCAAUCGCCGGUAUUGGGUCAAUUACCUUUCCAUUUAUCUAGAUCUACAUCUAGAUCUAGAUCACCUGCACCAGGAGCUGUCGCAACACCACGUAUGGUGUCUGGUCCUGGUAUAAAUGACGAGGUGGGAUCUGAAACAGGGAGUGAUACGGCGAGUAUAAGAAGUCACGGGACGGGACAUGGAACAAGGGAAUUAUUCGAGAAUUUAGGCGUAGGUGUAGGAGGAGGGAUGGACGAAGCUGAAAGAGUGAGACAGGGUGCAAGGAGAGUGUUGGUUAGGGGUGUUGGGUGGUUACUCGGUGCUGAAGAGGGGGAAAUAACGGGUUAA